AUGCCUCCGAGACUUGCGGUGGGACGCGAGAGGGAGGAAGCGGCGGAGACGCCGGGGCCUCCCAGGAAGAGGCCCGCGGGUGCCCGCGUGCUCACGCUCCCGUGGGAAGCCGAGGAGGAGAUCAAGGCUGCAGGAGAUGGCAACGAUGGUGGCGCCCAGCGGCCUGUCCAGGCCCCCCCUUUCGACGAGAACGCCAGCGGGACACCGCUCCAGUGGAACUCGCAGCCGCAGCUGAUCAUGGGCAAGCGCACCCGAAAGCAGCUGGGCUUCGAAAUGCGGGUGACCAGUGCCCCCAAUUACACGCUGCUGCACGAGAGUUUUGGGCGAGUCCUGCAGUUUUUUCAGAUACGAAAAUGUGUGGACGGCACCCCUGUUGGGGAUAGGCUGUCCGACACCGUAAUCACGGACGGUCGGGGCUGGUUUUCGCUAGAUUGGCUGCCUUUCGAGGAGGCAGGCGGAGAGAGCUCUUUGCCGAGGCAGUCCCCAGGCGAGUUCGCUUGCCAGGGCCGCGCCGAUUGGCAGACUGCGUGGCAUGGGUGCAAAUUCGAGGCGUUAUAUUCCAUCAUGUACCACGGGCGACUGAGAGCAUCCCGGAACGCCGAACAAGGCGACAGAUUUUUCGGGAGCGCUCCUGGAGUCUACGUGCACAGGAACGAGGACUCGAAGUGCAAGAAGACGGUGCAGGUGGACCGGGCCGACCGCGUGGCGGCCCCCCACACCGACCAGUGGGUGCAGCACGAGAGGAGCGUGCGCCUGCAGAAGCUCUGGCUGGUGGGGUGCGCGCAGGAGUCCCUCCUGGACGGCUGGGAGGUGACCCGGGCCUGGGACCCGCUCCUGGAGGCGAACCCCGCGACGGUGCAGUUCCAGCACCAGUGCGUGGGCUGGCAGGGCCGGCAGGCGCCAGGAGCGCUGGCGGCGCCCGCACGGCAGUGCGCCUUCGACCAGGGCCCGGGACUGUUCGUGGAAGGGGCGGCCCCUGCCUGCGUUGGCAUCGCCGGCAUCUCGGUAUCCGCGUCGCCCGGCUCCUGGUCGGAGACAGACGACGGCCUCUCGUCUAGCGACGUGCCUCGCGAUGCCGCUGCGGCACGGCAGCUCCUCGUCGCCCCGCCGCUGCCUGUCGCGGCCCGCGUCGCAGCUUCCGAUGCCGAUGAGGACGGCGGCAGGCCGCUGCCCCUGGCGCUGCUCCUCGGGGCCCUCGGCGCCCUGCACCGCGUGGCCUUCGUGCCUGCGCCAGCGCGCGGCCGCCGUGCGGCGGCGGCGCCGCCCAAGAGUGACGACGCGGCUGCGGCCCUGUCCGCGGCGGUGCUUCUGGGGCUGGGCGCCGCGGGCGACGCCGCGCUGGCGUCGGGCGGCGUCGACUCGGCGCUGGCGCACGGCGCGGAGGGCACCAUGGACGCCAGCACCCUCGAGGCCCUGUUCGAGAAGGGCGCCUUCUUCGGGCUCGCCUUCAGCACCAUGGCGGCGUGGUGGAAGAGUACGCUUGGCAGCGGCCGUGCCGAGGAGCAGCAGAUCGGCGGCCGGCCGCUGCCCUUCUGGGGCCUCAGCUUCUCAUGCCUGUCCCUGGUGGGGCUGCUGUCCACGCGCUGGUACGACAUCGGCCACUUCCCGCUCAGCAACAUGUACGAGUCCCUGAUGUUCCUCGCCUGGGGCGUGACCGCGAUCACCGUCUACUUCGCGGUAUCCGAGGGGCCGAAGGGCAUCAACGCCGGCGCCACCGCAGAGAGGGCGGAGAGCCAGGCCAUGACCGCCGACAUCGCGGCGGUUUGGUGCUCACCAGUGGCGUGGGGCAUCGUUGCGUUCGCCACGCUGUCCCUUCCCAAGGAGCUUCAGAAGGCGUCGGCGCUUGUCCCGGCGCUGCAGUCGAACUGGCUUGUGAUGCACGUUUCUGUGGUGAUGUUCUCUUACGCCACUCUGAUGUUCGGCUCCGUGCUCUGCAUGGCAGUGCUCGCGCUUAGCCAGCCCAAGGACAGCCCCAUCAAGGCCCUGCGAGACGCAGUGGUUCCGGCGCUGAGGAGCGUCGCAGGCGGCUUAUCCCCUGAGCAGCCUGCGGUGGCGACCUCGCCACGGGUGCCCGAGAUGGCCGUGUCGGCGAUGACCACUACCCUGGAUUUCAAUGCGGGCAAUACUGCCACACGGUCUGCGUCAGGUGCGCCAGCGCAGCAGUUCCAGGUCGCGGGCAACGCAGGCGGCGCCGUCACCGUGGAGUUCAGCUCCACGGCCGCCGCGCCCGCCGAGCAGCUCACGGAGGACGACAAGCUCGCCCUCACCCUCGACGACCUGGCGUACAGGUCCUUGCUCCUGGGCUUCGGCUUCUUAACCAUAGGCAUCAUCUCCGGCGCAGUCUGGGCGAACGAGGCGUGGGGCAACUACUGGAGCUGGGAUCCCAAGGAGACCUGGGCCCUCAUCGCGUGGCUGGUCUACGCGGCCUACCUGCACGUGCGCCUCCAGCUCGGCUGGGACACCCGUGACUCUGCGAAGAUCGGCGCUUUUGGGUUCUUCGUCGUGUGGCUGUGCUACGUCGGCGUGAACCUCAUGGGUGUCGGCCUGCACUCGUACGGGUUCUUCCUGAAGUGA